GCUGUGUGCAAGGAUCGUCUGUUCCCCAAAGUUGGAUUUUUUGCGCGAGGCUAUGGGAAAAAUGAAGAGCCACGUCGAGCUUAUGCGCUUGGAUUUGUUAUUGCUUUGGUGAUGAUUUUGAUUGGUGAUCUGAAUGCAAUAGCACCGAUCAUUUCAAACUUUUUCCUGGCUUCCUAUGCACUUGUAAAUUAUUCGUGUUUUGAUGCCUCAUUUGCUGAUUCACCAGGUAAGCCUUUGAAUAUGAAUUUUGAACUGUUACUCUUAAUUUGA